CAGUCUAGGCCAGCUUCUAGGAUGUGAACUGUGUUUCUGCCCCAAAUGCUCCUGAAAAAUCUCAAGCGAACAAACAAGUCGAGGCAGCACGCAUCAGGGUCCCUCCUCGUUCCGCUGCUGCUGCAGGACCCAGAGGAAGUGCUUGCUUCCCCUCCAAGCCUGAAUUCAGCUAGCUCCCUCCCCUUUGGCAGGGAUUCUUCCAAGUUAUAAAAGCUGAGACACUAGAGGGGAGGAAAACAAGUCCACUCACUGUCCUCACCCUUCUCCCCUCUGGGUUGUUGCAGCAAGUUCCCAGGAACAGUCCUGGGCUCCUGGUUGACUGGAAGGGAGGUAGGAGGAGUGGAAUGCAUGCAUAAACUGAGCCGAUCAAAAGGCCGUGCUGUUUCAAAGCCGGCUAGAACUCAGAGAAUGUGUGGAAGCACGCGCACGUUUAUGCGUGCGCGCGCUAGCUUGCUCCUGGGACACUGGGUUGAGGGAGAGCGCCUAGCUGAGUGAGAGCAAGCCAUCAAGCGUGUGUGCAGCCUAGGACAGGUCUCCAUGACAACCAGCCUGACUGGCUAGCUGCUCUAGCUCUGCUCACUUGGCUGGAAGGAGUGUCUUGAAAGGUCAGAGGAAGGAGCUGUGGGAAGUUCGCAGCAGGUACUGAAGCUUAAGCCAGUGGAUCUGGGGGCCCUGGGCUCCCUAAGCGACUGUGGUGUGAGCCAGCCUCUGUGGAAAAUGGAGUGGGCAAGAAAUCACCCGGACUACCAGGGCUCUGGGUUUGCAGAGAGCCGAAAUGACCAUGACUGCCAACAAGAACUCCAGCAUCACUCAUGGAACCGGAGGCACUAAGGCCCCUCGGGAGACGCUGAGCAGGUCUCAGUCAGUCUCUCCACCUCCAGUUUUAUACCCACCAAGAAGUCCCAUCUACCCACUCAGUGACAGUGAAACCUCAGCCUGCAGGUACCCCAGCCACUCUAAAUCCCAGGUGCUCCUCAAGGACCGGCAUUCUCGAAAUCCUUCACUCCUAGGUCAAGAUCCCUCCCCAGAGACCUCACCACCCAUUUGUCCCCUCAAGGCUACCAGCUUCAGCUAUUUGGACAGAACCCCUUCAUUACGCAAAAGAGAGGACCAGAAGGAGACUGUCCAGGGUGCAGUCCAGGAUGUAGAAGGUGUGGCUGCUGGCCUCCCGCUUGCCCAGAGCACCCCAUUCCUAGGGGCCGGGUCUCGGAGUGUCUUGCUGAGUUGCACUGGUACCCGAGCCCAUAGCCUGGGUAUCCGAGAGAAGAUUUCAGCAUGGGAAGGUCGCCGAGAGGCUUCACCCAGGAUGAGUCUGUGUGGAGAGAAGCGGGAGGGCCCUGGGAGCGAGUGGUCGGUCAGUGAGGGCUGCCCCAGUGUGGUGCCAUCCCCCUGCAGCUCAGAAAAGACCUUUGAUUUCAAAGGCCUCCGGAGGAUGAGCAGGACCUUCUCUGAGUGCUCCUACCCCGAGACAGAGGAGGAGGCAGAGGCACUUCCUGUACGGGACUCUUUAUACCGGCUGGAGAAGCGUCCAGGCCGGACUGAGCCCAGUGCCUUGCUCAGGGGGCAUGGCAUCAGGAAAGAGAGCUCAGCAGUGCUGAGCCGGAUCCAGAAGAUCGAACAAGCCCUAAAGGAGCAGCCUGGUCGGGGUCUCCCCCAGCUCCCUAGCAGCUGCUACAGUGUAGACCAAGGGAGGAGGAAGACUGGAACUUUGGGCACUUUGGAGGAGCCAACAGGAACUGCAAGUGUAAGCCCCAGCAGCAGGGCAGGAGGAGUGGCCGGAGUUGCUGGGGAGGCAGGCCCACCCCUGGACAGGGAAGGCAGUGCUUCCAUGAAGUCAGAGACCCCUGGAAAUAGCUCCAGUCCCCAGCUGCUGCCUCCGAAGAGCUCCCCUGAUCCAGCUGUGAACCCUGUUCCCAAACCCAAGCGUACCUUUGAGUACGAGGCUGACAAGAAUCCUAAGACUAAGCCAAGCAAUGGUCUACCUCCUUCACCCGAACCUGCUGCUCCACCCCCGUUGCCUUCUACCCCAGCCCCACCAGUCACCCGGAGGCCCAAGAAGGACAUGCAUGGUCACCGGAAGUCACAGAACAGAAAAUCCUUCGAGUUUGAGGAUGCAUCCAGUCUCCAAUCCCUGUAUCCCUCUUCUCCUACUGAGAAUGGUACUGAGAGUCAACCCAAGUUUGGAUCCAAAAGCACUUUAGAAGAGAAUGCCUAUGAAGAUAUUGUGGGAGGGCUUCCCAAGGAGAAUCCCUACGAGGAUGUGGACUUAAAGAACCGGAGAGCUGGACGAAAGUCCCAGCAACUGUCUGAGAACUCCUUGGACUCUUUGCACAGGAUGUGGAGUCCCCAAGACAGGAAGUACAACCACCCACCCAUGCAGCUGUCCCUGAAGCCCAGCAGCCAGUCCCUGCGCAGUGGGAACUGGUCAGAAAGGAAGAGCCAUCGUUUGCCACGAUUACCCAAGAGGCAUAGCCAUGAUGACAUGAUGCUGUUGGCUCAGCUGAGCCUGCCAUCUUCACCCUCCAGCCUCAAUGAGGACAGCCUCAGCACCACAAGUGAGCUGCUGUCCAGCCGCAGGUCCCGCCGCAUUCCCAAGCUUGUCCAAAGAAUUAACUCUAUCUAUAAUGCCAAGAGAGGAAAGAAGAGGUUGAAAAAGCUGUCUAUGUCCAGCCUUGAGACAGCAUCAUUGAGAGAUGAGAACAGUGAAAGCGAGAGUGACUCUGAUGACAGGUUCAAAGCCCACACCCAGCGCUUGGUCCACAUCCAGUCGAUGCUGAAGCGAGCACCCAGCUAUCGGACGCUAGAGCUGGAGCUGCUCGAGUGGCAGGAGCGGGAGCUUUUUGAGUACUUUGUGGUUGUGUCCCUCAAGAAGAAGCCAUCUCGGAACACCUACCUCCCUGAAGUCUCCUAUCAGUUUCCCAAGCUGGACCGUCCCACCAAGCAGAUGCGGGAGGCAGAAGAAAGGCUCAAAGCUAUCCCCCAGUUUUGCUUUCCAGAUGCCAAGGACUGGCUCCCUGUGUCAGAAUACAGCAGUGAAACCUUUUCUUUCAUGCUGACUGGGGAAGAUGGUAGCAGGCGCUUUGGCUAUUGUAGGCGCUUACUGCCAAGUGGGAAAGGGCCUCGGUUGCCAGAGGUGUACUGUGUCAUCAGCCGCCUAGGCUGCUUCGGUUUGUUUUCCAAGGUCCUAGAUGAGGUGGAGCGCCGGCGUGGGAUCUCAGCUGCACUGGUCUACCCCUUCAUGAGAAGUCUCAUGGAAUCGCCCUUUCCAGCCCCAGGGAAAACCAUCAAAGUGAAGACAUUCCUUCCCGGCGCUGGCAAUGAGGUGUUAGAGCUGCGUCGGCCUAUGGACUCCCGCCUGGAGCACGUGGACUUUGAGUGUCUCUUCACCUGCCUCAGUGUGCGUCAGCUUAUCCGAAUCUUUGCCUCAUUGCUGUUGGAACGCAGAGUCAUUUUUGUAGCAGAUAAGCUCAGGUAUUUCAAACCUUCCUGUGCUCGCUCAUUAUGCAAGGGUGAUAAUAGUGUCAAUGCUGUUAGAAGCUCUCUGAGCUGGGGCCUGGCACCCCGUCAGUGCCGUCACCCCUGCUGUCUUCUCCUUCUGCAGAUGGAUGAUGAGGACACACUGUUACCUAGAAAGUUACAAGCGGCUCUGGAGCAGGCUCUGGAGAGGAAGAAUGAGCUGAUCUCCCAGGACUCUGACAGUGACUCUGAUGAUGAAUGUAAUACCCUCAAUGGACUUGUGUCAGAGGUGUUUAUCCGGUUCUUUGUGGAGACUGUGGGUCACUACUCCCUCUUCCUGACACACAGUGAGAAGGGGGAAAGGGCUUUUCAGCGAGAGGCCUUCCGCAAGUCUGUGGCCUCCAAAAGUAUCCGCCGUUUUCUUGAAGUUUUUAUGGAAUCUCAGAUGUUUGCUGGCUUCAUCCAAGACAGGGAGCUAAGGAAGUGUCGAGCCAAGGGCCUCUUUGAGCAGAGAGUGGAACAGUAUCUAGAAGAGCUCCCUGACACUGAGCAGAGCGGGAUGAACAAGUUUCUCCGUGGCCUGGGCAACAAGAUGAAGUUCCUCCACAAGAAGAAUUAAAUGCCUUUUCCGGUAGCAGAGUUUAGUGCUUUGCAGAGCCCAGGGAGAGGCCCAGCCUGGGACCCUGUGGGAUGCUGCGGCUACUUUGCUUCUACAGAGCCCACCUCCGCCUUCACCAUAGUCCAGGAUACUGUUUGUAAAUAAUCUGCUGUAAGCUUUCCUGUUUUUGUAACAAGCAAAGAGAAUCUGGUAAAUAUUUGUAUAUUUCCCAAAGGGCCAGGUGCUUUCUUGCCUUGUCUGAGCUUGGAUGGAGUCUUGCUGGGUGCUGGUGACUGGCCAAUUAUGUGCAGCUGACUGUCUCAGCCAAACCACUCGUUUCCUCGAGACUUCUGGCCUGUCUGCCUGAGGCCCUGCUGCCAGUCAUGGGCCCUGGAGAGCAGGUGCUGUCUUAAUUACGUAUAAGAGGACUGGGUUUUUUUUUUUUUUUGGUUGUUUUUAAAUCUAGAGUUUUUUCUUCUUAGUAGUUCCCCAGCCUCUUGUUUCUGAAAGGCAAGGAUCACUUUGCCCUUUUUUGCAAUGUAGAACCAGGCACUUGGGCCUGGUCCUUGUUCCUUCCAUCCUCUGACAUGGUCAGUGAGUCAUGGGAAGUGGAGCUCCCGUCAGUGGUGGCCAUGAUGCGGUACAGGGCAUUUCUCCUUCCACCAUUCACAGAUGUUCUCAAUAAACUGUACAUUCAUUUUG